AUGGGGCUCAAAUCCCCUGCUGUGAGUUACCCUGCAGUCCCCUGCUGUGAGCUGAUGAAAGGCCUUAGUUUGGCCACGUGUGCUUCAGUUUGUAAUAUGUCUGUGGGCUCCAUGGAGCCCAUAGACAUAUUACAAACUGAAGCACACGUGGCCAAACUAAGGCCUUUCAUCAGCUCACAGCAGAGGACUGCAAGCAGCAGAGAAGAGAGAGAAGAAGUGGCGAAGGUAGAGAGCAGCUACGGAUCUUCGCGAUGGGUUCUCAUCGGAAUGAACGCUCUUGUCACUGGUGGCACUCGUGGAAUCGGGCAUGCGAUUGUGGAGGAACUAGCUGAAUUAGGGGCUACGGUACACACUUGUUCUCGCAAAGAAGCUGAGCUCAACCAUUGCUUGCAAGAAUGGACCGGUAAGGGUUUCGCAGUCACCGGUUCGCUCUGUGAUGUAUCGUCUCAAGACCAACGCCUACAGCUCAUGGAAAACGUGUCUUCUCUUUUCACUGGCAAGCUCAACAUCCUUAUAAACAAUGUUGGGACAAACAUAAUAAAGAAAACCGCUGAGUAUACAGCUGAAGAAUAUUCGAAACUGAUGGCUACCAACUUUGAAUCUACUUACCAUUUAUGUCAACUUGCAUAUCCUCUUGUAAAAGCAUCUGGAGUUGGAAGCAUUGUCUUCAUUUCCUCUGUUGCUGGUCUGGUGCACACUUCUUCUGGAUCCAUAUAUGGAGCAACUAAAGGUAACCAUCAUGACUGGUCCCUUUCUGUUGCAUUAGUAUGA